GUCGUGAUCGGUUGAUUUCACUAAGGCAGUCAUGAAAUGUAUAGAGGUGACUAUCUGGCUGUUUCUGGCUGCAGUGGUUUCAGCUAAACCACCUAAUAUGGUCUUCAUGCUCAUGGACGAUAUGGGCUGGGGAGACCUGGGUGUGUACGGCAACGCAGCCAAGGAGACUCCAAACUUAGACAAGAUGGCAGCAGAGGGCAUGCUCCUCCCUUCCUUUUACUCUGCCAAUCCACUCUGCUCUCCGUCUCGUGCCGCCAUGCUAACUGGCCGAUUACCAAUCAGGAAUGGAUUCUAUUCCACAAAUGCUCAUGCUCGGAAUGCCUAUACUCCUCAGAACAUAGUGGGUGGCAUCCCAGACUCUGAGAUUCUUUUUCCUGAGCUACUCCUCCAGGCUGGCUAUGCCACUAAAAUCAUUGGCAAAUGGCACCUGGGCCAGCAACCGCAGUACCAUCCCCUCAAGCAUGGGUUCCAUGAGUGGUUUGGAUCACCGAACUGCCACUUUGGUCCCUACAACGACGUCACCACUCCCAACAUACCGGUCUAUAGGAAUGCCUCUAUGGCUGGCCGAUAUUACACCGACUUCCCUAUCAACCGCUCGACUGGAGAGUCGAACCUGACCCAGCUGUACAUCCAGGAAGCCGUGGACUUCAUCCACAAGUCAGUUGGAGCUGGCUCUCCGUUCUUCCUCUACUGGACCCCAGACGCCACCCACGAUCCUCUCUAUGCCUCCAAGACCUUCCUGAGAACCAGCUCCAGGGGACUGUAUGGAGAUGCAGUGAGGGAGCUGGACUAUGGAGUGGGAGUCAUUCUCAAACUGCUGACUCAGCUGGGAGUGGCCAGUGACACUCUGGUCAUAUUCUCCUCUGAUAACGGAGGGGCCACUUAUGCCAAAGAGAUGGGAGGCAGUAAUGGACCAUUUCUCUGUGGGAAAGAGACGACAUUUGAAGGAGGAAUGAGAGAACCAACCAUUGCCUGGUGGCCAGGGACAGUGGCUGGAGGUACUGUCAGCCAUCAGCUGGGCUCCAUGAUGGACUGGUUCAGUACUGCCCUAGACCUGGCCGAGAUCAAGGAGCCGGACGACCGGAUAAUCGAUGGGAUGUCCCUUCUCCCGAUUUUGGUCAAUGGAACAGUGACAGACCGUCCAGUAUUCUACUAUCGUGGAGAUGAACUGAUGGCAGUUCGCUACCAGAUGUACAAGGCACACUACUGGACCUGGACCAACUCUAUCGAUGAAUUCAACCAUGUUUGUUACUAUCAUUACUGCUGGAAGCCUUUUGAGGGCGAUAGCUUCAUCCAAAUAAGUUGUUCAGAGCCAACUGCAAACUUACUCCACACUAAUACUAUUGUAUAAUAGAACAAUCUAGUUUGCCAUGUUUUCUCCCAAGAAUAGAGAACGUUUUUUCCCUCGAAAGUUUCCCAUUGUACGGUUGCUGACAUACACCAUUCAUCCAACAUUUCUAAAGGAGCUUAAACACACUAUGUUUCAUUUGGUCCCAAACAUGUGUUCUGAGUUAUUUAAGGUUACAUAAUAUGUCGCUAAUGUGUGUGUGUGCAGGGAACUGACUUUUGUCCUGGAGAAGAGAUUGCUAAUGUAACCACCCAUGACCAGGUAUCUUAGCCAGCAGCUCAUAACCAUAGGCACAAUCAUGUACAUGCAGUUGCUUAAUCUCCUAAGAAGAUAUAAACUGUGGCCAAGUUUAUUGUGUGAUUAUGUUAAUGUCAUAGAGUCCUAUUGUCGGGUGUGUGCAGGUAAACCACACCUCUCAGCCACUUCUAUUCCACCUUGGCAGAGACCCAGGAGAAAAAUACCUCAUCAAGCCCAAGACUGCAGAGUACAUAGAAGCCAUGAAGCUGAUUCAGCCGAUAGUUGAUGAGCACCACAAGACACUGGUCAAAGGAGCUCCCCAACUCAACUACUGUGACCCUGCUGUCAUGAACUGGGCUCCUCCAGGGUGUGAGGACCUGGACCAGUGUCUACCUGUGCCUCACCACGACCAGACUCUCUGCUACUGGCCACACUGACUGCCACUCUUUCUGUUUCUCUUAUAUAGCUACUGUCUAAUUAUUGGUAAAUAAAAUCAUGAUGAAAUGCUUUGACAC